GCGCUGCCGGCGUGGCUGCGGCGGCUCAGGUUGAUUGAGAGUGGAUGACAGCGGCCUGGCGCAGGCCCACGGCGGUGGAGGAAAGCUGCUUAGCCCCCUCCGGGUUGCCAUGGAGAUGGGAGGGCGGCAGCGGGAGCGGCGGCGGGGCUGUCAGUGAGGCACAGCACCACCGGGCACCACCGGGGCGGUGGCGGCGAGGAGGCCGCGGUGGGGACGCUGUGGCGGCAGUCAUGGACUCGCAUUGCGACUGUGCCGAGCCCCCGGCCGCCGAGCAGCAGCCGUCGGGGAAGAUUAACAAAACCGCCUUCAAAUUGUUCAAGAGGAGGAAAUCCGGGGGCACCAUGCCGAGCAUCUUUGGGGUGAGGAGCAAAGGUGGGGAGGGGAAGGGCGCGAGCAAAGCGGGGAUGGUGCGGAGCAGGACGCACGAUGGCUUGGCCGACGCCGUGCUGGAGAGCAGCAAGAAGGAGGACCAGGGUGGCGGCGAUCCGCAAGGCAAGGAUGCUCAGAGCCGGGCGGCCGGCAGCCUCGGCGUCUCCCCCGGCAGCUCAGUGGCGAAGUCGCACAGCUUCUUCUCCCUGCUGAGGAAGAACGGGAGGACGGAGAACGGCAAGGCAGAGAAUGCGGAUCAGCGGGCUGGCGGCAGACAAAAGAAGGGGCUGAAAGGGAUCUUCAGCAGCAUGCGAUGGCAUAAAAAGGACAAAAACGGCAAGGAGGAGAGGGGGGAAACCUCGGAAAUCCAGUCCGGUCUCAUUAUGCCGGGGUCUUUGACUGCCAGCUUGGAGUGCAUCAAAGAGGAGACGCCAAAACCUUUGUCUGAAACUCCGAACAGCACAGGAGACGUCGGUCUCGAAUUGCUGCAUGAGAAGCACACCUUGGCCGAGGAGCCCCAGGUGGGAGGUGGGGAGUCGCGGGACAGCAAAACCCCCCCCGGGGAGGACCCUGCCGCUGCUGGAAGGCGACCCGAGGAGCUCUGCCACGAGCGACCGGACCUGGGCGAUGGAGAAGUUGGGACUGCGAAGGAUGCGGCCAUAACAGGCUGCGGAGAUAUUAUUGCGGACCAGGAGGAGGAUGUGGGCAGCGGGAGUGGCGGCUGCGAGAAGAGCACCCCCGGGGUCAGCAAGCUAGGCGCCUCCAAGAAACACCCCACCAUGGUGGCCUACCAAGGAGGAGGGGAGGAGAUGGCCAGCCCAGAGCAGGUGGAUGAUACAUACCUCCAGGAGUUCUGGGAUAUGCUGUCGCAGACAGAGGAGACCCAAACAGGAGGAGGAGGAGGAGGGACAAAGACGCCCGAGGGGCUGAAGGAGAACCGAGGUACUGAAGGGGCCCAUAACAGAGUGGCAGUGAAACGUGGUGGCCUCCACCAGAUCCCCAUUCACCUCAACCACAAAGAGGAGCAGAAGGGCAGGGAGAAGGAGCAGCACGAGGGUGUCCCAAACAGUGAUGAGGGCUACUGGGAUUCCACCACCCCUGGUCCUGAGGAAGAUAGUACCACGAGUAUCCAGAAGGAGACCAUUCCCAGGGACAGCUACAGUGGGGAUGCACUCUAUGACCUCUAUGCUGAGCCAGAUGAAAACCCACCAGGGAAGCCUCCGGACGAAGGGGUCACCUGUGUGCCACGCUCCAAGCCCGUGUCGCCAAUAACGACCACAUGGUCACUGAAAACACCCUCAAGCACAGUGAAGGACUCCAAGAUACCCAUCAGCAUUAAACACCUUGCAUCACAUCCAGCCAGCCAUGGAACAGACACUAGUAACAGCCAUCACGUUGCACACCAUCACCUGGCCAAAAGUGAGAUGCACAGAACAAAAAUCCCUGUCUCUAAAGUACUAGUACGCCGGGUUAGUAACAGGGGCUUAGCAGGGACAACAGUGAAAGCUGCCACGUACCAGGACAGUGCCAAAAAAUAACUGAAUAGUAGGUGGAGACCAAUUUGGACAGCAGGGUUGGUGUGUGAAAAUCUGCAUAGGAGACUACAAAUAAUGAAUUCAUUUUGCACCACCUGAAGAAAGGCACCUAAAAGGCUUACUUCAACAGUACUCCAUGGGCCUGCACUUCUGAAUCCCUUCUUGUAGUACUGUAUGGCUGAAAAUGAAAAGUCAACUUCUUUUCAAGCACUUUUUUUUUACAUUUGUAUCUUUUUUCCACAGCACUAAACACUGGGGAGGUUCAUUUUACAUGCCUUUGUGGAAGCAGGACUUGGAUUAUGAACCUAAAAGAGCAUCUUCCCUCAUGCAAAGCAGUGCCAUGAGUUCUUCAAGGGAACAGAGUUACAAAAGGAGCCACACGAGAGGUUCUCCACUACACUUAUCUUUUAGUUAUUUCUGGGGGAGGAGUGGAGGGUGGGUGCCUGGCUCCAAAAAUGGUGUUUGCUCUACAAGAUGUUGGGAAAAAAUGCCAAGCAAAAAACAAAUAACCUAACAGGUAUUUUACCUGAUGUGGGAAUGAGAGCACUGCUCAGCAGCAGACUUGACUGACUCGUGUGCAGUAGCUAAUUAACUAAGGCGUUAGGUGGACUUGUCUAGCAGGAAAACAUAUUUUUAUUUGUCUGUCAGUUUGGUUGGUUUUGAUCUGCUCUAAUGUAAAUGGGUAACAGAGACACCUGACGUAGGUUCAGAUGUUUACAUCAAUACUUGUCCGAUAAUGCAUACAAUCAGGUUCAGGGAAACAUUUUACUAAAUGCCAAUAUAUACACACUGUUCACAUUUAUACAAUAACUUGCUUGCCAUGUGUAAAUAUAUAAAUAUUUUAGCAGAUUUACUCAAUGCUACAGAUUUUUUAUAAAAAGAAAAAUCACCUGUCUGUAUUAUCUAGAGUUUAAACAAAAGUUAGUUUUUAUAGGUAGAUAAUUUUACAGUUCUAAAGUGAUAGAACUUUGUGUAAGUACCUUAAAUUAGAGCAAAACUCUGUUUUGUAUGGGCUCAUGCAUCCCCAGAUAAGUAAGUCUGAAGUGCUGAUUUAAUUCCAGUGGCACAUUCCGUGUGUCAGAGCUGAGGUUCUGACAGCGCUGACAUUGCAAACCUCUAUUUUCAGGGGUUUAGACAAAGUUGCUCUGGGCUUAAACCUUACAGAGAAGGAACCCAGGUAAUAAACGUUUUUUAAUUAUUAUUUUUUAAAAUAUAUAAAAUUAGUUUUUGACUAUUUAAAGAAAGUCUGGGUUCUUGUUGCUUUUUAUUUUCAUUCUAAAUAAUGUCAGAAUAAUUUUACUUUAAGAGAGAAAAAGAAAUAUGGUAAGCUAAUGGUCCAUAAAAUGGUCUGAUGAGCUUGGAUCUUAGGAGAAAUGUAUUAAUGGCCAGGAUGUUUUUGAAUAGUGGCUAUUAUACAUGGGCAUUGACAACAUUUCCAAGAAAUUUAAUAGGGUUUUAAUGUGCCUGAGGACAUAUUUUUAUGAUACACUGAAAAAGCUCCCAAAAAAUCACUGAAGUCUAAAGGUAAAUAUUAUGUAUUUACAAAAUAUUUUGAUAUAAGUAUUUAAUCAUCAGACCACAAUUAAUAUAAAAUAUAUACUCCAGUGUAUCUGAUAAAUAAUAUACAUUUUAAAAAUAUACAUGUCUAUAUUAUGCAGAGAAUCCUAAAUUCACAUAACUGAAACUAAUGGGUCUGAUCUUACAUAGGAGUUGGUUUUAUUGUCUCUUAAACUGAAAGAAAAAAAGGAAAAUAAAUAUACACAAUAUAAAUUUGAAGGAUAUUAAGGUUAUAGAUAAACCAUAAAAAGCCAGGAAACACAAUAAUAAGAAUGUUUUAUAUGUGCAGUUCACUGGGGUAAUGACUUGAUAGUCACAAGAGUAAAACUGGCAUUUAGGGUUGAAAUGACUGCAGGAUUUAAUACUGAACUGCAACACCCCAGUGAAUAGGGAGAAAGUGUUCGUUUUUCUCAUCUGUCCCAAUUUUCAUGGUUUAAGUAAGAACCUUAAUACACUUCAGAGAUUAUUCUAUACAUUUUCUUUAUGACAUAUAUGUGUGUGGUUUCCUACAUGCCUACUCACACAGACACGUUGUACAUAUGCAUGUGUAGUCAGAGCGCGCUUCCUCCUAGCGUACAUGCACACAGGCAGACAUGCACACCCUGCACACUCCCACCCGUGCAAACACAGCCACGCAUGCACACUCCCAUGCACGGAUUGAGGGGAUGUACCUUAAAUCUGCCUCAAAACACGCUAGUGAUUAUUUCCUCUGCCUGAGAAGGGGGUUUGCAUUUGGCCUGGCUCUGCUUGUGCAUUUUAGAAAGUUAAAGCUGAAAUACCCUCAAAUGGAUGAAUUUACAGAACGUGGAAUAUUAUCCUGGUGUUCACCCCUAAGCCUAACAUCCUUUUUUCUGUUCUUCUGUUUCCAUUUGACUGUAAGGGACAUGUCUUUCCCUGCAUGACAACUCUGCAGAAAAAUCGUAAUUCCCCAUUUUGUUUCAUGGACAAAUUGUACAGGGAGAUUCUAUAGGGUACUGGAAGUUGAGAGGGCAGGAGGAUGUGGUGGGCUUGGGUAAUACCAUAAAAACUGGAAGCACUGAUUGCAGGUAGUAUCAGUGGUGCAUCCUUUGAAUCACUUGAAGAUGUCAGCUACCAUCUCUACGGGACUUGUGUGUGGCAACUGUUCAUCGUAUGCAUUUUGUUUGCGUUGUGGCAUGUAUGUAUCAAGAAACCAAUAGAGUAACACUAGCCUAGCUCCCUCUCACGUAACGACUAACAAGAAUCAUCAUUAAAAUGCUUUGGCUUCCCUUCAUUUUCUCUCUCUCUUUUGUUUUCUGCCCCAUUUUCCCUCCUUCCCCUGCAUGCUGGCGCACAGCUUCCUGCUCCGUGCUAACCCUGGUGCCAAGUGGGAGGUCCUGGGCUGGCUGCCCAGCGUGGGCUGGGAGCACGGCCACGCUCACCCGUGAGGCCAGGUGCUCUCUGGUCACUCUCUGUCGCAUACCUAGUGUAAGUACAUGUUGCAGAUCUCCCGGCGGUUCGUUUGGCUGCUUGCUAUGUACAUAUUUAAAGGACAAUCAUAUCCUGGCAAGGAAAAUGGGAAAGGAACUUGUAGUAGGGUGUCAGUGUUUUGGAUCGUCAUGACAUGAUGACAUUGAUUCAGGGUAACGGUCGUGUGAGAGUAAAAAUACAGUUUAAUGCUCAGAUUAACUUUGUAUUUAUAAAACUCACUUUGUCUUUAAGCCAUCUAUGUUAGUAUUUCAAAAGGUAAUAGAAAAUGUAAUAUUUAUUAGGGCUUUCGAUUUCCAUAGAAAUAUAUUUGUAUAACUCCACACAAUGCCUAAAACAAUCACUGAAAGGAGGUUCAAAGGCUUUCUUUACACCUAUAUUUAACUCCUGAAAGAUCCCUGUAAAAUACUGUGAGAUGCCUAACAACAAAGAGUUAAUGGCUUGCUGGAUUUAGAGGCUGAGACAUCAAGAGGUAAUAAUAGUCCCGAGGCAUUCUGUGGUGGUUUGCAUCCUUAUUUAUAUUACUGUGUCCAGGCAUAUAUUUUCCUUGGCUUUGUUAGGUAUCAAAGUAGAAAUGGUGUUCUGAGUCCCAAAGAUAACAUUCCCAAUUUUGUAAUUGUUUUGAUUUUCUUCAAGAAUACUUUUGUUUUGUUGUUUUCUUCAUUGUUUUGUGGUCUGAGUGAUGCUUUGUAACGACCAGCUUGUAAGUUCAUAAAGGAUUUUAUAGAUCAGAACUUGGCAUUUAGUUCUAUAUACUCCUUGCACUUUCAAGUCACUGCUGGUAAAUUUUGUAUGUUCUUCGGCUAUUUCUAUAUAUUGCGUAGCGUUUUAUAGCUAUCUACAGUGAUUUCAGUGGUAUACAUUCCUGUCCUAUAUAUCAGCACAAAAGAUUUCCCUUUAGUAGCAUGAAAUGAUGUUUUUGUGGACUUCUUUUGUCAUGAUAGGAGUAAAGUUUUCUGUAUGUGUGGCCUGCAACAGACAUAAAGGGUCUUACGUUCCUUGUAGUGCAUAUGCAUUUUGCUCUUGCCAGUAAUAGGACUCAAACACAUGUAAUAGGUUUCAGAAGAAAUUACAUGACUAGAAUAAGAAAAUCGAUGUUCAGUCUUAUUCCAUCAAUCACCAGCAUUUCCUUCAUCCACUGUGACCAUCCUUACCACCAUUCACGGUAGUAGAGGACUGAAUUUUAAAAAUUACAUGCACAGAUGUACACUAUGAAAAUUAAUUCACUGAUUAUUUUUUAAUGAAUCUUGCUAAAUUAUUUAUCUAAGCUAAGCGAAUAUUGCACCAAAGUCUUCAACACAUCUGAUACAGAUGGCAUUUUCAGUAAGAUGCUGUAAGUGCAGAUGAGCCAAAUUAACAGGCUUUGCUUAGCAAAGCAAAACCUAGUUGUUUUUUAAAUUUGUAGCACUGACUGAGCCUGCAGAUCAAAGGGAGCCAUUGAUUCUGCUACAUGGCCGUGCUCUGAGGUUUUUUUUUGGCUGCUCUAAUGGACUACUUUCAGAAAAGGCUUUUCAGCAAGAUAAUGGUAUGAGAGAGACAGUUCACGGCAACAAUAGCCACUUACAAGGCAGACGGUUAUCUAACAGCGAUAAUGUGGGACUUCAGGCAAGGUGGCCUGAAAAUGUAACUUUGUAGUUAUUAAUAUGAAAGGCUGAGACUUCUGUCUUGGAAAAGCAAACUGACACCAACUCAAAGACGCUGCAGAAAGGAGUCUUGGCAGAGUUUGCACAUAAUGGUUUCUGCAGUUGUUUUUUAUUAAUGUUGGGUUCUCCAUUUUUUAUUUUUUUUUCCUCUGGUUUUGGUUUGUGCUUUUGUGUUUGUUUGCUUUGUUUAUGUUUUGAUUAAGAUGACAUAACCCCAUUUGUCCGCACAGAACUGCACAAUGACUGACUCUUCUGAGAUAUGAUACUGAGAAUACACUGUCAAGUCAUCCUUCAGUGGCCUGGGACUGGUCCCCACAGAGCAUCCCUCUCUUCCACUGAAGAGGGAUAGGAUGUUUACUGUGAGUAGGAGGUGUCUGAAUCUAUCCAGCUGUUUGUUCUUGGGGUACAGCUGAGUUUUAAUCUGAUUUACAGGUAAUUUUUUAGCUCAUCAUUAGCUCACAUCUUGUCUUCCCUGUGAGCAUCUCAGCUGGCAAGGUCAGCAUUGAUUUCUGUUUCCCAUGUCUGUGUUGUAGAGGAAAAUGGAAGAACCAUUGCCGUAUGCAAAGGAAUAAGAGCUGUAACCACUCAAGCCACAUCCUGGGCGCCUUUACUCCUGCAAAAGCACGUGGUUAAAGCUCUUCCUACCUUAGAGGGCUUCUCCAUCCAAAACUAUUGCCUGGGACCAUUUUUUUUUUCCUCCUCUCUGUCUCCUGUUCCCUCUCAGCUGUACCGCAAUAGCUUGGGAAACAGAUUUUUGCCCCAACCCUCCAUCACUAGAAAGCAGGAACUGCUGCUGGUGUAUUCUUCACAAGGGCUUUGCUCCUACUUCUUGGUCUGGAAAAAAUGAAUUCGUUUUCAGAACAAGCUGCAAAGAUAUUUAAAACAGAAAUGUCUGCUGUGUGAUCUCAUACAUGUGGGUGAGGAUGUUGAGUGCUAUUUUGCAAAGUGGAAUAUAUCCCUCCACUUCUCUGUUGUGCACAAUUUAGCAAAUCUGGCAGGGAAGCGUGUCAUGCUUGUGGAAAAGCCUGGAGGCUGUUUGUUAUGGAGAUUGUGCCCAGAUUUUCUUUAUCUUUGGUAAGAGCUGCUUUUCUUUUUCCUUUCUGUAUAUACUUAAAUGAAUAGACCCAAAGGUGUACUGGAGAAAGGAAAAGGUUAUAUACUUCACAGGGCAAGGAGUAUGAACUGUUCUGCUUAGAGGCUUCUUUUAGCAACGACUAAAAGAAAAUUGCUUUUCCUGUAAUAUCACAUCCGAGCAGUGCUCUGAAAUAGAAGCUAAUGCAGCUAUGGGCACAAAGCUAGAAAAGCAGCAUUUCAGCAUUUGCAGGCAAAAUCUGACAAUCUCUUUCUAAGGCCCAGUUUCUGCUGUGGUAAAUCUUCCAUAGUCUCCAGUAAGAACUGGAGAAGGUCCUUAGUCUCUUGAUUUUGAAGGAAAUAGGAAGUAUUACUUAAAUAAGUCUUCCCUUUUUCUAAGAGAUGAACGUUAUUCAGGUGAUUGUGCAGUCUUUGAUAUUACUGUAGUUGUACUUUCACUGAUCUAAAUGCAAAACAUGUCUUUCCAUUGUUUUUCCAUCUUAACAAGCAACCACUCCUGCAUAUAACUCCAGUGCUCAGCAUGUUUAAAUUACAGCUAACACAAUCACUGCCUUCCUUAAUUUAACUUGUGAUGGCAAAAACAGGACCAGAUCCUUUCCAGAGCACUAAAACCCCUGCUUAUGGUGUCAUUGCUCUUGUUUUUUAUACAGUAAAUGAUUAUCCCUCCAUUUUAUUGUUUCACAGCAACAUCUUAAAUCUGCUUUAAAGGAGAACAAUACACAGGGAACUGAAUGGUAAGAACUGGAACAGCUUUUUAUUAUUUUGGAUGAUGUUACAUUGAAACAGUUGCUCUUCCAGUAUCAGGUUGUUUCCAUGGGCUUUUUAUACAGAUGCAUUGGAGGCUUUGAACAUAAUAUGCUCGUAAAAGAAAAUCGGCUACAUCUGCUUUGAAUUAAGCCUGACCUUAAAAUGUAAAAGCUAUGCAGCUGGUAAGGCUUCUCAGUUAAUGGCAGCUCACAGGAAGGUCUGCCCACAACUUACCUGCACCCCAUGGACCAUGGGAGAGUUUGUCAUCUGUCCCUUUCCGUGUGUCCUAGGGGAGUGCAAGGUGGGCAUCUGCCAGACAGGACAGCAGCAGCAGGAAAAGCCAGGGCCAGCGAUGCACCGGGGCAAAAGGGCUGAUAUGGUGCUUGGGAGAUGAGAUGAAACAAGGGUUGAACUGCUGGUCCUGGUGGAAGAAGAGAGUUAAACGUAGACCAAGGACAAACUGUGUACGAGUGCUCUGGGUUGCAACAGCAGCACCAAAUCCUAAGUAAGGCACAAGUAACUUUCUGCAGCACAUGGCUUGAUAGAAGCAACGUUAGCCUGCUUUUCAAAAGAUGGAGCAAGAUUAAAGCUGUUACCUUUGUGUAAAAUUUAAGUAAAUCCUCUGCCAUGGGACAGAUUGCAAUAGCUCCAUCCACCAGCGCUCCCUCUGAAAACACUGGAUCUGUUAGCAGUGGUGGUUGGUGCUAAGACUGAGCGAGGACCCCAUAAUUUGGCCAAUCUGAUUUUUCUUUGCUACUUUUGUCAGCUGUCUGUCUCAGGAAAGCUCUAGAGUCGUGGCUUCUAGAAAUGUUGAAAUGGGGAAUGAGAUAUGAAUGUGGUUGGUGGAAAACACAGAUUCAGUAAGUCCAGAAGUUACAGAAUGGCUUCAGUCUAUUAUCACAGCCCAGCUCUGCUGAAAUAUCAUGGUGUGCCUGAGGAAAAUGUAGCAGGGGCUGCUCCGCACUGCAUCUGACAAACUGAUGCUCUUGGGGUUUCCUAUGUGCUGAAAGGGACACGUGUCCUGUUAGAAGUCACUCAAUCUAUUUUUACUAGUCAUAUUAUAGUUGACGGAUCAGUGCUUAUUACAUUUUUCCCUCGUGUUUUUUGUCAGCCACCCCCAUGAAGGCAGCAUGUGACCUGUUUGAGAUAAUGAGCGAAUAAAGCCAGACCUCCUUGCUCUUCUUAUCUAAAAGGGUUGCGAAUGAUCUGGCGAGGCUGUGUGCACCAACUUUUUCAGAGUACAAGAUCAGGCCGCUCCAGGGGGUGUUUAUGUAACAGACUGUUAGACAUGCUCUGCUCCUUUCCACCUCUGCAAACUUCAAUAAAUUAGUGUCUCCUCAAAUUAACUCUGUCCCAGCCAAAACCAUGAUAUCUGUAUUCUCAACAUACGGAAAACCUAACUGAUAGCAAUAGAUCAAUAGAUGUCUUUCUUCCCUGACAGUUCACGAGGAUAUACUUAAUCAGUGUUUAUUUUAUUUUUAAUUCUGUAAAUAUUUAUUUUGGUACUCUGCGUAUUUAUUGGCACUGGUUCUGGUGUUUGCUUAUGUGUCAUUGUAAAUGUUGAUGGUUUCAAUAGUCUUGCUUCUAAUGAAUGUAAGGAACUCAGACUAACUGCACUUUUCUUCCAUUCAAAAAUCGUACAGAGAAAAAUAUUUCCACUGUCAUAUUAUGUGUUAUAAUGAAUACAGUUAAUAAAAUUGGUUGUCACUUUUCA